UGUUUUGGUGUUGUCUCUCUCACAGCACAAGCAUUUUUUUUUUCUCAACCAAAAUAGUACAUUUUAUCAGUGAAAAAGUAAUUAAUAAAGCGAAAUGCUUACAUUUUAUUUUGGAAAAUGUGUAAAAUUGAUCAAAACCAAAAUAUUUUAAAAAAUUAAAAAAGAUUUGGUGUGUAUUUGUGUUUGGCAUUUGAUAUAGAAUUACCAUGGAUCCAAGCUUGAGUAUGCAUCGGAAUGGACUUGAAAGCAUGGAUAUGAAUCAAUUCCAGGGAGACGCAAAUAAAUUAAAUCCAACUGUAUUAAGGGGAAAUACAAUGUAUACACACAUCAUAUCCAUUCCAAGAAAUACCGAAAAUGAAUACAUUGAUCAUGCUUUACUAUCACCAGACUACAUUCAAAAUGGUCUCGUUGUAGAUAUCAUACAAUCACAAUCACACGAUCAACAGCCGACCUUAGCAUCACAUAGUAUUUACAAUAGCGAGACAAUUGAGCAGAAUGCGUCACCAUUGGAAAUGACAACCGAUCGACACUUUAUAACAAAUAAUGAAAAUAUUCAAAUGCCAAUGGAAAGUAUACAUCAUUUUGAAUCGAAUUUAAAUACUGCCAAAGAAAGGAAACUUAUAGUUGGAGAACAAGGCCGUCAAUAUAUUCUAACAAAUGAAGCACCUGUCAUUGUUUCAAACAAAGAAGCAUCGGCAAUUUCAAUGAAUGGUUUGGACUUUCCCAAUACAUACAACCAAAUUGAUCAAACUCAGUUAAAUGAUCAACAUGAACUAGAUGCAAAGAUCCAGGCCGGAAAUGCCCUUCCACCAUUGCCACCACUAACUCCGAUAUCCAAAUUACAAUCAAUGCGAAAAACACCAACAAUCGAACAGCAACAAGCGAUGCAAUAUAAGACCUCAAUUCAGUCAAGUGCCUCAUUAAAUCUCUCGAAAAACAAUACAAUGUGCUUUGUAACUGAUGAGGAUGAUGUGAAUUUUGUUCAGUCAAACGUAAAACUAAUUCGGCAAUCAAGUAAAGAGCAAUCACAAACAAAGAAAAGUCUACCGCACAAAAAGCGAAUAACAAAGAAAUUAAAGAUCAUAAGCCAACACAAUGAUUUAGCUCACUUACAACCACAAUCCCACCAUGAGCAAUCAACAUUGAAUUUAACAAUGAAUCAACAACCAAUUCAAUUGACAACACGAGUCAAUCAAUCCUCGAAUCAAACGGACUACAUUCAAUCGGAUCACUUUGCCAAUACAUCAGAAGCAGCGAAUUCGAUGCACACAGUUCAACUCCACCAAAUGACAAUUACUGAAACACAACCCACACGGUACACGGCUUGUGAUAUUCAAAAAUUUACUUGCGAACUUUGUGGAGCACAAACACAGUCGCAAUUAGGUUUUUUUAACCAUUUAAAAUUGCACUACGAACCAGAGACAGUUCCACAAAAUUGCACGAAAAUCGAUAGCGCUAAUACUGAUUUAGUUUUGGAACAAAAUGAUCAAAGCAUAUUCCAAAUGAGCAAUCAACGUGCGAUAAAUGCACCGGCCGUGAUAUUGACGGCCGAUAACUUUAUUCGAUUACAAAACAAUGAACAGGAACAGGAUUUUAGUUGCAUGUCUGGCAUUGGGAACGAGGACAUUACCGACGAUGAGUCAAUAAAUGGUUAUAAUGAUAACGGAAUAAAUGUCAAAUCUGAACAAAAUAACGAAUUUAGCGACACGGAAGAUAUGCUUGAAAAUGGUGUUUUGGAUAAAGUGCAGCGUGUGGUUGAUUCGUACAUUGAAAAUGGAACAAGUGAUGUGAAAAAUUUCAUCGACUUAAAUGAAAAUCAUCAACAUAGCUUAGUAGAAAAUUCAUGCAAUUGGACAACGGCAACAGAUAAUGCACAUAGUUCACCAAACAACUCGUUAUAUGGCAUUGAAAAAAGUGAAAGUGUUAAUAAUAUGAAUGCCAAUAGCUUUGUAAUUACUUCGAAUAAUCAAAAUGGUAAAAAGACAAUACAAAAUCACAUCAUUAGCAAUAGUAAUCAAACUGUGAUUGAACGACACGAAGAAUUAUCUCUUAUGUAUGACAUCAAUGUGAAUGAUAAAGACUUUUCAAUUAUGGAUGAUGCAUCUGCGGAGAGCAUUCUUCGAAGGCAAUUGAUUAGAACUGAAAAUGUGGUAAAUCUUUCGAAUCAAAAUCAAUUUGAGCCACAAACUGAGGCAGCCGAUUCAAAAAUUGAAAUCAUUUCAAUGGAUCGUGAUAUGUCAAAAUUCAUAACUGAGUCAACUGGAUCAACUGGAACAAUUGCAUCGACAAAUACUACAACUAAAACGACGACGACCGUAACAACAUCAGCAAAGGUUAAUAUCCAAAAUGAAUUCAUCGAAGAAGAGCAGACUGAGGGGCAGACUGACAGUGAUGUCGAUCCAUCAAAACAAGAUACACCAAAAAGGAAAAAGAAAAUCUAUCGCUGCAAAAGAUGUAGUAAAUUGUGUAACUCGAAAAACGCUCUUCAAUAUCACUUCUUAUCACAUACAGGAGAACGCCCACACCAAUGCAAUGACUGUGGAAAGAGUUUCUUUGCCAGCAGUGCUUUAAAAGUCCACAUGCGUCUUCACUCAGGUGAUAAACCAUAUAGUUGUGACUUUUGCCAUAGGCCAUUCAGACAAUGGGGCGAUUUAAAGUAUCAUAUACAAUCCAAACACACAAAGGAAAAGUCACAUCAAUGUGAGUUUUGUGGCAAGGAUUUUGCCCGUCGAUACAGUUUGAUCAUUCACAGACGCAUUCACACCGGCGAAAAAAAUUACAAAUGCGAAUUUUGUAAUAAAGAAUUCCGUGCAUCCUCGUAUCUUCAAGUUCAUCGAAAAAUUCAUACCGGCGAAAAACCGUUCGUCUGUGACGUCUGUGGCAAACGUUUUCGAGUUAGAGGUGACUUAAAACGUCAUUCAAAUAUUCAUGAACGUAAUAAGGCAAAAGAUGCGAAAAUUGAUGAUUUGAACUGUAUGAGAAAUGCCGAAAACAAUACGCAACAGAGUCGAACAACAGACACCACCCUCGAUCAAUUGGUCAGUGUCAUGGAAUGUGGUGAUGCGUCGCUUCCCGGUGACAACAGUCCCGAAUUCAUGCAAAUCGAAUAUGAGAAAAACUUUACAAAACUAAAAAACAAACAGGACCUCAAAACGGUAGAAAUACAAGAAUCAACAAUUCUUGAUUAUAGCCAGCAAACAAAAAUGUAACGCUUUUAGUUUAUUUUAACCUUGAAAUAAAAUGUCUUACAUCCGUAAGAUGAACUUUUCCGCACUGUGA